UUAGCUACGACAUCUCCAAUUUAUGAGAAUGAGAAUCUGUGCGGAAUUGUUGACGCUGUAAGCAAAAAGUUCGUUCCUCUAACUUCUGAUGGUUUGUGGCAGAAUGUUGAGAGUGACACCCCUGUUGGAGAUGUGCUGAGGGCAUCUCGAGAGAAUCUUUGCUGUGAUCUAUCGGAUUUGGAUGCGGAGUUCAUGUCAUUAUUUUUGGACGGAUCUGGUGGAGAUCCCAUGAAAGUUCCCCAAGUGGAGAUAAUUAAAGCUUUACGCCGAAUUACGCUGUCGAAUCGCGGGGCCGCCAUCGGAUGUGGAAGCGCUCUUCGAUGUCCGGCCAGUGUUCAGCCUGUUCUUGAUCAUGUCGUCAAUUUCUUGCCUUCACCAAAGGAGAGAAAUGCAUCUGUCACGAAAUUGUUCGACAAGGAAUUUUGCGGCUUCGUUUUCAAGAUCGGGCACGACAAGCGGAAAGGCAAGCUUAGCUUUGUUCGAGUCUAUGCUGGCACAUUAACAAGUAAUUCCGUUUUGUUCAAUUCCAAUCGUGGAACAACUGAAGGUCCGAUAAAG